UAUAAUUCUGUUUUAUUUAAAUAUGUCGUAAAAUGAAAAUGAUUGACAAGUGCAAUUCUGUCGCUAGUACCCUGGCAAAAGUUUCGGAGAGGAUAGAGACAAGCGAAAAACGGGAGGUCGUGGUAUCGUCAAAAUCUCAAAGUUCCAGAACCUCGAAAAUUUCCGAAAGCUCUGAAAGUUCAAAAUCAAAGGAAAAGAAACAUCAGGAAAUAAUUGUAUAUUCUGACAUCGAAGAAGUUUACUGUCGAAUCUGUUACGACACUGAUGCUCGGGUCCAGAUAAUUUAUCCAUGUAAAUGUAAGGGAACAAUGGGAGCCAUUCACUUGGAGUGUUUGGAACGUUGGCUAGAGGAGAGUAAUCGAAACAGUUGCGAAUUAUGCGGACAGCAAUUUCAAGUGGAACGAACUCCUCGGUACCAUGCACUAACUUCUAUUUUCGUUUGGCUGUGCUUGAAUCAGGAAGAACAUCAAUAUUUCAUUCGAAGUCUUCGAGCUGAUUUGUUACGCUCGCUCGUCGUCACGCCUGUGACAAUUUGCUGCUCAUACCUUUGCGUCGUAGCUGCCGAUUUUUAUUCGAAGAAUAAUUAUGAUAAUUUUCCUCCUGCUCGCUGGACCACUUAUUCGCUUCUGAUUAUGAUGACUCUUUUGAUAUUUUCGUACUUCGUUUGGAUGUACAUGGCCUUACAUUAUCAUCAACGGGUUUGGUUUUAUUGGUGGCAAAAAACCAGUGUCGUUAAAGUCACCUUUGCUGAGGAGGUCAAAGGUGAAAUUCUUAUUAACGCAGCUUGAACCCCUUUGUCACAUGAAAGGCAAUCAAAGUUACUUGAAUUGUUCUUUUGGAUGGCGGAGGGGUUGGGCUUGUUGAAAUAUUGAUAUUAAAAAGGUUGCGGUGGGGUGUGUGAAUAGUAAUUUGCACUUUAAUGAUGACAAGACCAGGGAAAUGUGACGAAAGGAGUGGCAAGAAAACUCAUCGUUGGGCUCAACAACCCUGCUCAUUUUCUUUUUUAAUUGGUCCGUUUGACUCUCAUCUCUCCUUACAGGCGCAGUCUCAGCUGGUUUGUGCCGCGCAAUCGGCGGUUUUUCUUUGAUUUGUCUAAUGUAUGAGAUUCUAUACUUCGAUAUCUUGGGUCUCUGGUGACCUUCAGCUGAAUCCUAACAUUCCUAGGUUUAGAAACGCAACUCGGACAGACAUGCUUUUUACUCCUCCGAUUCACAUGACUACUUUCCAGAAAUUUUUUCUGGUGUUCAAAAUCAAUUUUUGGAAUUGUUAGCCUCCGAAGGUUAUUACCGCUGCUAACUUGACUGGUUUCCUAAUAAAAUGGUUUUGGCACUUGUUGAUAGGAUAGGAGCACGGAACGUAACUUGUUGAAAUUUUAGUCGCGUUGCGCUACUCUUGCCUGUAGUACGUAUUACUGCGUAUGAUAUAAUAAUUCA